AUGAAGCUCAGUGAGAGAGGAUUGAAGUUAUCAGCAAAGAUAGUCUACGCCAUUCUCACUAGAAGCAUCGUUUCUGUCAAGGAGAAUGAAGCCUGGUUCCAUUUCGGUGCGCAGCCAAUGAGGUUCUCUAUAAGAGAAUUUCAUAUGAUGACAGGCUUGAAAUGUAGUGGUGCAUUAGAAGGACCACGAAGGGAAACCGAGAGAUUUAAUUGGGAAUUGCUAAAGGGGCGUAGUCAUAAGUUAAGUGACGUGGUGGACCAGCUCAGAAACACAAGAGAAGAUGCUUCUGAGGAGAGAGUAUGCCUCGCAAUGCUCAUCCUGGUAGAGAGCAUAUUAUUGCGGAAGAGCAAAGGAGGGAGUUUUCCUUUGGAAUAUGCGAAAAAUGCACAAGAUAUGACAUAUCCAUGGGGAAAAGAGGCUUACAUUGUGCUCCUGAAGUCAAUUCAAAACGCUGUCGCGAAUCAUUUGGAGAAUAAAUCCAAAUUUGAGUUGCAAGGUUAUCCUCUAGUAUUCCUUCUUUGGAUACUAGAGUCGAUUCCUUUGCUAAGGAAUAAGUUCAGUAAGUGUGUACCAACAGUUGAGGUUCCUGGGCCGACUUACUUGUGUGAAAAAUACACUGAGGAGACAAUGAUUGAAUCAGCUGCAUCUCCAAAGUCUCAACAAAAUGAGGAGACAAUGAAUGAAUCAGAUGAUGACACUCCUACCCUUGAUACACAAGUAUUCUCUCCUAAUCUGACAAAAGAAGUAUAUGCUCAAUGA